UAAAUUUUCGUUCGUGAUGUCGCACUAUUUAUUUCAUAAAUUUAUUUACUUUAUUAUUUGUGAGUGAGAAACUAAUAAAUCUGAGUCAAAUAUCGCCUAAAUUAUCUAAGGGAAUUCGCGACUCAAAUAAUUUAAAUAAUGGCACAUAGUCCUUAGAUCUGUAUGUUAGGAUUGUGUUGUUGACAAGAGCUAGCCAAAUGAUGGCGAAAAUAGUAACUUACAAUAUGUUUAAUAAAAACUAAUAUUAACAUGACUGAAAACGGGUUCGAAGGUAAUCGAUCUCCACCUACGUGGGAUAUGCCCGGUCCUUCAUCACUGGCGGCUAUUCUAGACACCGUUUUUACGUCUUCCUCAGACAACCAGCCAAGAAAUGAGGAAAUGGAUUGUGAGCCGCUAUUCGCAGAAAGCGACGAUGAUGUAGAAGUGCUUCCUCCUGUCCCAGAUCAGUUUUCAUUGCCCAGAAAUGAGUCGACGUCUAAAAAUGCAGUUUCAUCCGACUUUGUUAAUUCAACUUCGCCAGCCCAGUCAUAUGUUGUAAAUAUACCACUGUCACACCUUGGAUCAUCUCACACACCCGUACCCGAAGAAUAUCAGCCUCUGCCUGAUAGCUCAAGUUCAUUGGAUUAUGUUCUUAGAAAUAACAAUGCAGAUAGUACUAAUGGCAAUGGGCAGAGAUUUGCUGAUGUAAAUAUCCGCUACCAACCAAAACAAUUUCCUCCAGUUCAAGAUUUUUAUUUUCCUAACUACAGACAUUACGGUCAAAAUUCAAAUCAAAGAGAGUCUAGAGAUUAUAUGGCAAAUUCAUAUGCCAGUAAUAGACUUUCGCAAAAUGAAGCUAGUGGUUAUUCAAACCAGCCAAUAAAUUACACAGUGCAUUCAACUCCUCCACAAUUGCAGGACAAUGUGAACAGAGGCUAUGAUGAUAUACAAUCAAAUAAUAUUUAUAAUCAUAUAUCUGCACCAGAUAACAAUUAUGGGGACAGGAAUCCCCCAAGUAGCUUAGAAAGACCGAGUCGUAAAUUAAAUAUCUCUCCUAGGAGAAGGCUGUCUAUAAAGAAUGAGGUGAAUUCAAACUUAAUUGAAGUAAGUUCAGAAGAGGAAGAUAAUGUUGCAGGCCCUAGGAAGAGGCAAUGUGAUAAUGGUGCAGGUCAGUCAGGCUCCAAUGUGCGGAUGGAGGUGUCCACAAGUGCAAAUGAGAUUAAUGCCAAUGUUAUAUCUAGAGUGGAAAUAAAAAGGGAGCCAAUGGAGCACUCAGACGCUUCUACACAAGCACGAGGAGAUGCCGAGGUAGUACGAAGGCCAAAUGAAAUUACCAUUGGGACUGGAAAUAAUGUUAAUACUAUUCAUAUAAGAGCAACAUUUAAACGUAAUGAUAAUUACAGACAAAAUGCACCAAGUGUGUCUGCCGCGGUGGUAUCACCCGUUAUCCGCCACCCCGGAAAUCAGAAUUGUAGAGAAAGAAAUUGUGGGAAUGACUGUACAUGGAAUAAUCAAAACAAUGCAACUCCGAAUAGAGCUCAUCACCAUUAUUACCACCACCACCAUCAUCAUCACCACCACAGGGUCUUAAAAUGCACAUGUAACUUGCCAAAUUCCGGUAACUUGAAUUCCGCAAACGUCAAAGAAGAGCCCGGUCACUCUAGUCAGGCUUCAGCAGUGAAACAAGAACCUGGAGCAUCUCAAGCAGCACGUCAAGAUGAAAACCAACCAAUGCCAGCAGUUAACAAUAUCAAAAUGGAAGCAAACCAACAGGUCAUUAAAAUAGAGCCAGGAUGCUCAAAUCAACUGAGAAAUAUGGACGAGAACAGGAAUGUGAUUGUGAAAAUUGAACCAAAUGCAAAUGACAACAGUACUAGGAGAUGCUGUAUUGUAGAUGCUGGUGGAGACAGGAAAGUUAAAGGAAUAUCUCCUCAACCCGGACCAAGUGCAAGACGAGGAAAUGAUAAUGAUAAUGCACAUGCCAAUCAGAAUCAGGAACCACAGUAUGAUAAUGCAGCUGCAAGAAGGUCAGAUAACCCAGGUUUAUCGGCUCCCGACUUGCAACUCGAUUGGUUCACCGACAGCUCCGAUGAUGAUGUCCAGGUGUUAGGUGAAGAAAACAAUCAACAAGAGGUGAUUGAUCUCACAAGUUCUCCAAGCGCGAGUGCCCCACCUGAGUCCCCAGUGCGUGCAUCCCCGACAUUGGAGCCUCAGCCGCCCCAGGCUGAGGCUCAAGCUGAGCCUCAAGCAGAGCCUCAAGCGGAGCCGCAAGCACAAUCUAGGGAGCAGCCUCAGCCGCAAGCAGCCCGGGGCAACUGUCGCUCCGCCGGUCGCGCGCCCUUCGGUCCCCGGAUGUACGAAGCCCCGAGGGUCACUGAGGCACCAAUCUACCAUCCCAAUUCACACAUCCCUCACCAUUCGUUUGUUCGUACAAGGGUGCGCGUGGGCACGUGCAUGGUGCCGUGUCCGACGUGUUGUUGCGCGCCCAACGUGCCCAGCACGCACGCCACGCCCCCCAUGGCACAUCUUGGUGAAAGACGUCGCAAUUCAUUGCCGAUAGCGCCACCGUACAUAAUGCACGAGCGUCUCUGGCACAGGCAACACCACAUGCUGGAGGUACAAAGGCGGAGUAUGAUCGGUGAGCUAGCGGGUAGCCUCAAUGUACCCCCACCCUACCCACCUGCGUACACCCCCACUCCGCGCUCCACCACAUAUCUCUCUUUUCCGGACCACUUUGAGCAAAAUGAUAAUGGACAAAUGCCUGUUAUGCUUGACGGGCAGAAUGUUCAUCACCACAUGCAUCAUCAUCACAUGCAGGUCAACCCCUCUCCGCACCUGCAUAUAUCAAUACAGCCAUCAGUUAUGGGUCCAUCGUUGUCUCUGGCGGCACAUAUGGCGGCGAUGGUCCGCGCAACGUCGUCUGCGGACGCUCGGCGCUCCUCCCGCGGCGCCUCGCGCGCUGUCAUAGAGCGCAAUACAUACAGACAUGCGUACGCACGACCUGCACCUCACCACCAGGAUGAGAAGUGCACCAUAUGCCUCUCUAUAUUUGAAGUUGACUCCGAUUGCAGACGUCUACCAUGCAUGCACCUGUUCCACAUGGAGUGUGUGGACCAGUGGCUGAGCACCAACAAGCACUGCCCCAUCUGCCGCGUCGACAUCGAGACGCACCUCAACAAGGACGCCGCGUUCUAACCGCGUACAACACGCGACAACACAACAAUACACGGUGUUACAGGUAUUAUACGUCUUAAAAUGUGACACUCUUGGAAAUUACUUGAAUAAA